CUAGGGUCAGAUCACAUUACUCAGAAUGUCGCACAGUCACAGUUCCAACUAUGCCCAACCCUACCACCACCGACCCCCUUUUAGCAGUUCCGGCCCCACCGUGUCCACUGACCGUCCUGCCACUUUAAAUCUGCAGGGCAAGGCGGCAGGCCCUGCGAAUAGUACGAAUUCCAAUCCCACCGGGCUUGGCAUGCCGUCUCUUCCGCACAAACCAACCCGUUACACCCCCGUCUACCCCACCCUCAUGAUGCCCACGAACAAUCCCACCAUUUCCAGUGGGGCUGGAAGUAAAUCCUCCUCCUACUCGAGUCUCACGUCAUCCACGCCAUAUUCUGCGUACACGCGACAACCCCAAAAUGCCACCACGACGACGAAUCAGCCACUGCAACCCCUCACGGCACAACUUCCCCCCAAAACCUUAAACACGUACGAAUCUCGGCACCAGUACUACCAACCAGCUCAGCGGUUGCAACAGUACCCACCCAGCCACCCAUCCGUCACGAAUUUGUCGAACGUUUCGAGUAAAAGUGCCCAAAAUCUGGGAGGGGGUGACUCCGUUCCGGACGUGUUCUGUUUGUCAUGUCCGCCAGCAGAGUUUAAAUUCUCGGAUGCAUAUCGAGCUAAAACAUUGCCUCGUGUAGGAAAAGAGAACGAGCGGCUGAUCGGAUUCGCCACGUUGCCGGAGCAAGUUCACAGGAAGUCGGUGAAGAAGGGGUUCGAUUUUACCCUCAUGGUCGUGGGAGAGUCGGGGCUGGGAAAAUCGACACUUAUCAACAGCCUGUUUCUGGCGGAUUUCUAUAAUGAUAGGAAACUUCCCACCGUGUCGGACCUCAUCAAAAAGACGACUUCAAUUCAACAGCAUACGAUCGAGAUUGAAGAGAGGGGAGUCAAGUUGCGUCUCACGGUGGUGGACACGCCAGGCUUUGGGGACUCCAUAAAUUGUGAGGAGAGUUGGAAAACAUGUGUCGACUACAUUGACGACCAGUUUCACCAAUACUUCCAAGCAGAAAGUGGUCUUAACCGGAAGCACAUUCAGGACGGGCGGGUCCAUUGUUGUCUCUACUUUAUCCCGUCGUAUGGACGAGGAUUACGCCAACUGGAUAUCCAAUCCUUAAAGACGUUACAAACCCGAGUCAACAUAAUUCCCGUCAUUGGAAAAUCAGACAUAUUAACCCCAACGGAAGUGAGGACGUUAAAAGAUUCGAUUUUAGAAGAUUUGAAAUCUAACCAUAUUCAGAUUUACCAAUUUCCCGACUGUGAUGAAGAGGAAGACGAGGAAUUCAAAAAGCAAGAUCGCGAACUCAAAGCGGCAAUUCCAUUCGCAGUGGCGUCGAGCGAUACGUUUGUUGAAGUUGCUGGAAAAAGGUUCAGAGGACGCGUCUACCCCUGGGGAAUAGUCGAAGUCGAAAAUCCCAACCACAGCGACUUUGUCAAACUGCGUACAAUGCUCAUCCAAUCUCACAUGCAUGACUUGAAAGAAACAACGCAAGAAUUACACUACGAAAAUUUCAGGGCGAGAGCAAUCGCUCAAAUUUCACAAAAUCCACACAACAAGGAACGAAACAAAUUGAAGAGAGAAUCUUCUUCCGAUGUGGCCCAACAGCAAGACAUGUUAUUACAGAAGGAGGCGGAAAUUAAGCGGAUGCAACAAAUGAUUUCAAAAAUGGAAGCAAAGCUCCGUGCCGCCGGUCAGCCGCAGAAUCGUGGCGAGUCCAUUGACAUUUAAAGACAACGACGACUACAUUAUUAACGUAGGACGUAUCAUCAAAAUAGUAAAAAUCAGCACAUUUUUGGUCAUUUCUCGGCUUUAGAAAUUUGUUUUAAAAUUUUUAACGCCGAAUUUGUAGAGCAGGUCAUUGCCAAUUAAGAAAAAUAUAGACUCCAGACUAUGAAAAUUAUUGAAGGAGGAGAUCUCAAUUUUAAGAAGCCUUCAGAAAAAUAGUCACUCAUCGAAGCUGGCUUAAAAACCUUACCACCAUUCUAUUAAUCAACUUCCUGACUAUAAAUUAGUCGUCUGGAAUUUUUAAAUAAAUUCCCAGGGCCCAGGAAUGAUUAAAAUGUGUUGAUUUUGACUAUUUUAGUGACAAGUCAUCCAGACCUACGUUAAUAACAAUAUAACAUUCUAAGUUCUAGUCGAAUACAUACAAUUUAGACGACUUUGAUAAGUUUCAGCUUAUCCAAGAAUUUCAUUCCAAAAAAUGAUUAUUAUGUACAAUGGAUUAUUUAUCAGACAUUAUAAUCCAACCAAGCAUCGAAAUCUUACAGCUUUAACAUGGCAAUAAUAAUUAGCUCAUUUUUUAAAAAUAGCGACGCUGUUCAAUAUAUAAUAGCAGAGUAACGAAUCAUGUUCAAAUUAGUUGUAAGUUAGCAACUUGAUUGUUAUUAUUAUAAUCAUCGACACGGCGUGUUGAUGCACUUAUGUAAUACUGCCAAAGUCUAUGCAAAACUGGCCUCUGUGUGUAAAAACAUGUAGUUAAUUAAUGCUAAACAGAUUAUUUAGCCCAUCACCUUUAAUUACUGUAUACGGCCUCUUAAAGUUCAAUAAAUUUGAUGCUGAAUAAAAUA